AUGCCCACUCAACAGAGUCUGGACACUCUUCCAUUUGAUGUGUUUUACCAGAUCGCGACCUCGCUGGACGACCGUGAUUUUGUGAACCUCAGUCGCACCAAUCGUGCUCUCUAUUCUCUGUCGCAAAGCGAACAGAUUGCCCGCAAAACCGUCGAGAAUGUUUUACUCCAUAGCAAAGAAGGUCAGACUGCUAUAGCGGCCCAGUCUGGGUUUCGCAAAGCCGUCGGGCAUCGGCUUGCUAUCCACGAGGCCGUCGCCACGGCAAAUCCGUAUUCCGUGGUCUGCUUAGGCUACGGGGCCGAAUUUCUGUACAACCAAGGCUACCUAUGUUACCGCUCUGACCAUUGGAUUCGGGUGCUGGACGUGCAUGGUACUACAUCCAGGGAGCGUGUCAUGGAUCUCCGCGAGGUCAUCCCUAGUUUCCUGGUAACCGGUCCCGCGGAGCCGGAUGUAGCAGACCGGGUUACCCUCUUGAGCUACAGCGAUGAUAUUCUCGUGUUCCGAGUGGCCGAGGUGAACGCGACCGAGGACGCGUUGUUCGUAAUCAACAUGGCGUGGCGGGAAACCCACCGGGCACAGAGACGUCUCCUGCUCCGUAAGACCAUCCCAGCAUCCGCACCAAUCUUUGUACGACACAGUGGAUCCUACAUAUGGUAUGGCACAUUUACCGCCGCCGAUGGUUCGGAUGGGGUGUGGUGUAUCACUGGUGUGGAUCUCGAAUCGGGUGAACCUAUCAACUUCCCUCUCGACCGAGUGGUCGAUGGCGAUCUUGGCCAAACACUGUGUUUUGAAAUGCAUGAUGAGCAUCUCUAUGCGGUUUCAACUCAGGUUGCCUCAGAUGACGAUGAAGUACACUCCUCUUUUUACCAUUGGUUCUGCCAUGCCCCUCGCGAAGAUGGCCGCAAAUGGAACGGUCGCUUCUGGCGCCGAGAGCAUCAAGAAGGCCCUAUCAAUGAGAUGUGGACUGAUCUUUCAAUCCGCAAGGACGAAACGACUGGCCGGCCAGUCAUACUUGAAUGUCGCCGUGAGUGGCGGGAUGGCAAGAGCGAAAACCACCGUACAUACUACACACAGCGACUUCCCACGCCAGAGGAAGCCCUAGCGCCUCUUUCAGGGGGCGCCAUCGAAACUCCAUCUUGGGUUUCCAUGGAUUAUGAUCUUGAGAACGAACACCCCUACGAUGAGCGGCCUGCUAAAAGGUUGCGGCGGCAUUACCAUGCCGAGUACGAGUCUGGCUCUACAAAGCGACAGGAAUUCAUCCCAGCUCGCACUAAACACAGAAGCUACCAUCUCGGUGCAUCUACCUUUGUGGACAUUGUCAAUGACCCUGCCGGUGAUAAUCUGCGAUCUCGAGAUCGGAUCCGUCUCCGUACAGUGUCGCGCAAGCGCAAAAGUCCCAUUGACGAGGAGGGAAUUGAGGGACCUCGCAACCGACUGUUCCAGCCCACCCAAGUGGACCAAGAUGGCCGUCCUAUUGAAGGUUCCGAGGAACGCUUUGAGUGUCGUGGCGUGCACAUGUGGCCUCCAGAUGACGCCCCGCCUGCAUUACAACAAUUGCUCUGUCCAGGUCCGCGCAUUGGAUCCGUGAAAAGUACUGCAGAUGAACGCUCAAUCAUCUACUCAAUUGAUGCCCCUGGACUUCCCCCAAAUCAACAAGCUCUUAUCCUCAUUAGCUUUGAUCCUCAUUUUCAAAUUCCUAUUACGACAGAUCUUCCACCUGUUACCUCUCGUGCACAUCACCAGGAUCCCGGGGAACUAUUCCCAAGGACACUGAAACCACCACCUCCGUUUUCCCCUUCAAGCAAUCUCGUGGAAGAAGCACCGCCUUUUUACAUGGAUAUCAACCGCGGGUACUAUCUGCGUGGGAGACGGGAUCGAGAUUAG